AUGAAUCCUAUCCCUUCGUCUUCGUCACAACACGGUUCUUCCGGACCCCCCUUGAACUUUCAAGCAUUGACCUCCCGCAUAACACAACUCGAAGACUCCCUUUCCGAUGCUCUCCGCUCCUCUAGGUCAAACGACGCGUUAAUAUCCUCUCUCGACGAUGAUUUACGAACUGCGAGAACGACUAGAGACAGGUAUAGGGAGGAGACCGAGAAGGCGACUACGAGAAGUCAGGUGUUGUUGAAUGAGAUCGAGAGAUUGAGAGAGGAUAAUGAGAAGCUAAAGAGUAACAUGGAGAAGUUGGACACACUCCAAGUGGAGUUGAAGGAGGAGAGGGGUAGAUUGCAAGCGGCGAGGGAUGAGGAGUUUCGAAGACAGGUGUCGUUGAGGGCCGAGAAUGUCCGGUUAAAGGAGGAGCUGGAGAGGAUCAGAGCGAACACAGCAGAGCAUAGACGAGUUGGUAGCCUCAGCGACACGGCCACGGAAUCUACGGAUGUCGUGAAGGGCGAGGAGGCAGAGCAACACAGAAAUGUGGCGUCUGUUACAGGUCGGGUGGCGAGCUCAAGCUCGAGUCCGGUGCGAAUCGGAACAAUCAAGCCCGAAUCGACCAGAACUCCCAUUGGCAAGAAGGCAAAAAAGGCCCUCAUACCUGCAGAUAGCGCAGUCAUCGAGCUUAGCAGCGACGAUGACGGUGAAGAGCAAAAGGGUUCAAUACCGACUUCGAACACUAUCAGGAUUACUUCUCAACAGCGACUCCCGAGUCCCUCAAGAUCACCGGUGAAGAAGGAGGAGCCUUCGACGCCACAUAGAGCGGCACGACAACCGACAUCUAUUCCCAAUAUACCGAAGAAAGAGAACCCAACAUCACCAACCGUACCCGUGAAGCGGUCUCCCAGUGCUGUGCGCGCAGAUACAACAAGACCACCAACCAGUCCGGAUGAAUCUACGCGUAAACGUAGAAGGCUUUCGGCCUCAAGGGUAGAGCAGGAAUCUCAAGCAUCGGCACCGGACGAGGGCCAAGUUCCCGAUGUAUACCCUACAUCGGCAUCUUUGAACCAGACCCUAGCCGCGCAAACAUCUGAAGCGCGUCUACCUAAGGUUCCUCGAAACAUAACGCCUUUCGAGAAUGAUUCGGAAGAAGCGCCCAGGGCUAUGACUUCGGCGACUGAACCCAUACCGUCGACGGUCACUCCUCCUGCGUCGACAUACCCGCUUCCCGCUAUUGGUUCGCCCGAAGCUGCUCCACAACAACCUACAGCAGCUUCUCUGAGCACUUUCGGAGAUAUGGACGUCGAUUUUGAAGGUGAUUUGUCGGAGCUCUCAUCGAGUGAUGAGGAGGAAGAGGAGGAAGAGGAAGAUCAAGAGAUAGAGCAACCACCCAACCACAAUGCUACUCUAGUCCCUCGUACAUCUACUAGGCUUAGGCGCCGCCCUACGAAGAAUAUCACGAUUGAUGAUGAUGUAGAUAUGGUCGAUGGUCGCGCCUCUGAUGGAGAUUACGAGGAUGCGGAUUACGACUCUCCAGCAGAAAACGCGAAGGGCUCGCGCACUCGCGGAGCGAAACCGAAGGCUUCUGGAACCGGAGUCAGGGAGUCAAGAUCAACGACCACCACUUCAAGAAAGAAGGGCAAGAAAGCCAAGGUUACACCCACCCUCAUAACUAACCUCUCCACCCCUACCGCACAAGCAACACUGAAAGCAUUCUACGCCACACUAACAUCUCCACCACCUCCAUCCUCCAACGACGGUCUCAUCCCCCUUCUCCACGACCGCGUCAAGGACAUUCCCGCAUUCCCUAUCCCUUCACUUUCCUCACCCAAUCCUCCUCAUCGCGUCGGCCGAAUUCGCAAUCCAGCAGCCGUCUCACGGUCCUUCGUAUCGAAGCACUAUGGUAGUCAAAACUGUACCUUUCACGCCUCCAUCGCUCCGGAGUCGAAUAUACCCGUCGGUACGCGGAGAUCCAUGCUCUUCCCUGAGCAUAACCAGAAUCCGGAUCUGCCGAGGUAUCCCGGAGCACCCGGAACGAUCGUGUCUGUGCGGAAAGAGUUGACGGAGAAGGGACCUAUUAUUACGAUUUGGGUCAAGGUGAGGGCCGCAGAGAAGGAGGGAGACAAGGACGGACAAGCGAAGGGGAAAGGAAGGACAAAGGCGGCAGAGAAGAUAAAGCCUAGGUGGAUGUAUUUUGGGAACUUCGAGGUUAGGAAGUCGGAGAGACCGUUGAGUGGGGAAGAAUUCUGUGCGAUGACGCUUGAUUCGCAAAAGACGUGGAUAGUGGGGCUGUGUAAGUCGAAACAGAAAACAGACGCGAAUUUGGCUACGAGGCUUUUGCUACGCCAUCAUGGUCGAGAACCGGAUGUGAUGGAUGAAGACGAGAUCGAAGAAGAGAAUAGGUCGAGAUUGAACCGUGGCUCGGUCGAAGAUUUCGUGAACAUCUGGCAGGCGAUGCGGGAUGGGAAGGAGCAGAUGAUUUCGUCUCUUCUACCCGUCAAGAAUUUAUUCUUGAACGUCCUCAUUCUCCUCUCAUUCACGCUCUCAUUCUUCCCGGGAGCACGAGCGGGAGAUUGCUCCAAUGAUGGGCACGGCCACUUCAUAUGUGACGACAAUAGUAGCAACGUUCGUAUCGGACUCAGUAUAGGACUCUUGGCCCUGAUCGUAAUCCUGUCCUUCGCCGCCGCAUUUUGGCGCUAUCGUCGCAACAAACUCGCACAAACUCGCAAACGCAUAGCUCCCCCAUCCGCAGCUCCAAGCAUGUCACAAACAUACCCCUACGCCGGUGGCUUUGGUAGGAGUGGAAGAGGGUCACCGUUUGGGAAUGCUGGAGGGCUUAGCUAUCCUGCUCCUACGUAUGGAACUAGUCAGAGUAAUUCGGCGCCCGAAUGGGACCCGACAGCUGGAUUUGCACCGCCCUCGAUGCCUCCGCUAAACAGACGUGGGAUGACGAAUACGAUGUCAGUGCCGCCGCCCAAAUAUAGCCCUCCACCGGCUGGCACCUUUGAGGCUCCUCGGGAGAAGGAGGAAGUGUAA